GUCUCUGCAAAUUACUCCAACAACGUUUGGAGGACUCUAACCAUGUUAUUAUCACUUUCCUAAUACUCAAGAAAAAUAUAGUAUGUUUCAGUUUCUGUGAAAACAAUGUUUGUGAAGCUCCAGUUGGACACCAGUUGCUUCCCCAUUUUGGGUUCCAUAAAAACCUCACCCAACAUAAGGCAUUCUCCAUUAGACAAACUUGAACUAAUAAACAAGGAGAGGAAACCCAGAGUGGUUCAGAGCCCCAAUGGAGGAGGAACGGUCAAGAAGGGUUUAAGUGAAGUUCAUAGACCCACCCAUGAUAGAUGUGGAAAUGGUGCUGUUGUUCAUGAGGUUGAGCAGAAGAAACACAGUUUUGUGAGCAACCCAGGUGGGGAAAAGAGGAAAAUCACUAAGGGUAGUGGUGCUUAUGUGAAAAGCAGGGAUUUUGAUGUUGAAUUGAGGGCGGUGAAUGGAAAUGGAGUGGUGAAGAAAGUGCCUUCCAAGUGUUCGACGAAAUGGGUCACUUAUGGGGGUUGCUUACCUGCAAUUUUGAAGGCAUUGGAUGAAGUUGAGGAUUUGGAUAAGGCUUUGAAUCCAUGGGAAGAUAGGCUUACUAACAAGGAAAGGAGCAUAAUUUUGAAGGAGCAGGUGAGUUGGAAAAGGGCUUGGGAGAUUUUUGAGUGGUUCAAGAGAAAGGGCUUUUAUGAAUUGAAUGUGAUUCACUAUAAUAUACUGCUUAGAAUUCUUGGGAAGGCAAGGAAGUGGAGCCUUGUAGAGAAACUUUGGGAUGAGAUGAAGGUUAAAGGAAUAGCGCCUAUCAAUUCGACUUAUGGAACUUUGAUUGAUGUUUAUAGUAAAGGUGGGUUGAAAGAAGAAGCACUUCUUUGGCUGGAGAAGAUGAACAAACAAGGAAUGAAACCUGAUGAGGUUACUAUGGGGAUUGUCGUUCAUUUGUAUAAGAAAGCGGGAGAAUUUCAAAAAGCUGAGGAUUUUUUCGACAAAUGGUCAUUGAGCCUAUCUUUUAGACAAGAGGGCAGUACUACAACAGCUGCUGGUGGAUUGGGGAGCUCUUUUCACUCUCAUGUUUCUUUGAGCUCACAUACAUAUAAUACAUUGAUUGACACGUAUGGAAAGGCUGGCCAACUUAAAGAAGCGUCUGAAAUAUUUGCAACGAUGCUUAGGGAAGGGAUUGCUCCGACUACAGUGACUUUCAAUACAAUGAUGCACAUUUGCGGUAACCAUGGCCAGCUAGAAGAAGUUGCUUCCCUUAUGCAGAAGAUGGAAGAGCUUCGAUGCCCAGCGGACACAAGAACAUAUAAUAUUCUAAUUUCGCUCCAUGCAAAGCAUGAUAAUAUAGACAUGGCGACAAAAUACUUCACAAAGAUGAAGGAGGCUCACCUUGAGCCAGACCAUGUGAGUUACCGCAUCCUUUUGUAUGCAUACUCAUUAAGACACAUGGUUAGCGAAGCCGAAGAUCUCAUAUCAGAGAUGGAUGAAAGGGGCCUUGAGAUUGAUGAAUUCACUCAGUCAGCUCUGACUAGGAUGUACAUAGAAGCUGGGAUGCUUGAGAAGUCAUGGUUUUGGUUCAUGAGGUUUCAUCUUUCGGGGAAAAUGAGUUCUGAGUGCUGUUCUGCUAAUAUUGAUGCAUAUGGAGAGCGUGGGCAUAUUUUGGAAGCUGAGAAAGUUUUUUUUUGCUGUCAAGAAGUGAAAAAAUUGAGUGUCCUUGAGUUUAACGUGAUGAUUAAAGCUUAUGGGGUGGGGAAACAUUAUGAUAAAGCAUGUGAGUUGUUUAAUAGCAUGGAGAGUCAUGGUGUAGUUCCAGACCAAUGUAGCUAUAGUUCUCUCAUACAAAUUUUGGCUAGUGCUAAUAUGCCACAUAUAGCAAACCCCUAUCUCAGGAAGAUGCAGGAGGCAAGAUUGGUAAGUGAUUGCAUCCCUUAUUGUGCUGUGAUCUCAAGCUUUGCAAAAUUAGGACAAUUGGAAAUGGCAGAGGGACUAUAUAAAGAGAUGGUUGGAUUCAAUGUUCAACCAGAUGUUAUUGUCUUUGGGGUGUUGAUAAAUGCUUUUGCUGAUGUUGGAAGUGUUAAAGAAGCUCUCAGUUAUGCUGAUGCAAUGAAAAAGGCAGGUUUGCCUGGGAACACGGUGAUUUACAACUCCUUGAUCAAGCUCUAUACUAAAGUUGGUUUUUUGAAAGAAGCAGAAGAAACAUACAGGCUUAUUCAAUCAUCAGAGGAUGGUCCUUCCAUAUAUGCUUCAAAUUGUAUGAUUGAUCUUUAUAGUGAGCAAUCUAUGGUUAAACCAGCAGAAGAAAUCUUUGAUGGCUUGAAGAGAAAGGGAAAUGCAAAUGAGUUUACAUAUGCAAUGAUGUUGUGCAUGUAUAAAAAAAUGGGGAGGUUUGAGGAAGCCAUUCAGAUUGCAGAGCAGAUGAGAGAACUGCGACUUUUAACUGAUCUGUUGACUUAUAAUAAUGUGCUUGGGUUGUAUGCGAUGUAUGGAAGAUUCAAAGAGGUGGUGGAAACUUUCAAGGAAAUGAUGAGAGCUGCCAUUCAACCUGAUGAUUGUACAUUCAAAUCACUUGGACUUGUUUUGGUGAAAUCUGGUAUUUCAAAGCAGGCUGUUGCGAAGCUGGAAGUAUCGGUGAAGAAGGAUGCCCAGAGUGGUUUGCAAGCAUGGAUGUCAGCCCUCUAUUCUGUUGUGAGAAUGAGUGGAAGUAAUUAUGUGUAGAUACUAUCUUUGCAUCCAGCGUUUUGAGUAAUGACCAUCAGAUCCUGUGCUCCAAUUUCUUGCUGAUUUAUGAAAUUCAAUGAGGAAACUGGGCUGUGGAACUUCAGUGUAGAAGUUUGCGUGGUGUUGUACGUAAAGUUGCGUCCUACAUAGUAUAUACCACUCAAAGGCACUGAGAAAGGAGGUGGAAUUUUUUGACAGGGACACAACGUAGAUGGUCUGUCGUUUGACGGGAACAGGACGUGGAUGAACCUGUAUAGAGCUUAUUGCCCGCCACAAGAAUUGUAUAGCCAACUUUACAGGAACAAGUCCUUGAGCCAAAUUGAAUAUUUUGUAAAAUCCUUGUAUGACAAAUUGUAUCUCUUAAUAUAUGGUUGCAAUAUGCAAGCAAGGUUCAAGUACACGUAAGUUAACUGAAGGUCUCCUCUCAUGCUUAAAGCAGAACUUUCUCUACGUUUUUUUUUUU